AUGUCUGACGCUGCCGACAUCAAUACCACGAAGUCCACCAGGAAGUGGAUAUCCAAGAUCUUCCGCACGAAAUCGGGCUCGGACGCAAGGUCUGACUCUGCCUCUAUGGUUGAACCACUCGUCGCUGAAUCCGAAGAUCCCAUCAAGGCCAACAUGGCCCACGAUCACCACAGCUUCGCCGAACUUAUGGAGCAGGCCAAGGCAAUGGACCCGGGGGACUUCCGCAAAUUUUUGCAGCAGUAUCGAGAUGAGCAGGAGAAGCAACACCACCAACACGGUGGCGGUAUCGCUGGAGGUGGGGACUGGGUCAGCCGUAACGCUCAAUACUGA